UAGUCAAAGGCUUCUCUGCUUAUUCUGUUUCUGUUUGGUUGUCGGACUACUUCAUUCCGCAAAUGCUCACUGCUAACUUAGUUAAUUAGCGUUACGGGUAAUAUUGUGAUUUACUACUGUUUAUAAAAACGAGCUUAAGGCAAAAAACUUGAAGACCUUAAUCUCGAGUGAAUCGGUUCCAGUUGCUUAGUUAUCUUAAAAACUAGAGGUUGUACUGGACAAAAAUGCUGGUUAUCUAGUAUUACUCUUGUAUACAACACAUUCAACUCUAUAGGAAGAGGGCUGAUUCGUUGUCUUAUAUAAAAUCAUAUAAUAGCCGCUAAACAAUGGCUGGAACAGUAAGUCUAGAGCUUGACCCCAUCUUUCUGAAGGGACUGGGCUACCUUCACUCCAAGAGCAAAGACUCCGCGGAGAAACUCAAGGCCCUGCUGGACGAGUCUUUAGCCAGGGGCAGUGACUCCAUCUAUAGGACAUCACUGAAGGAACCUGAAGUGAGCAAGGUGUCAUUACCAAAAAUGACCAAACAAGACUCCAAAUCCUCCUCUAGUUCAUCAUCAUCAUCAUCAUCUUCAAUCACCAGCAGCAGCAGUAAAUCAAGCAGCUCAGACAAGACUAAGAAAGAGAGCGAGAAAAGAUCUUUGGAAAAGAUUAGGGUUGAUCCUGGGGAAGGAGUGGAGCCACCAAAAAAACCUCGUGUGGAUAAGCAGGACAGUCUUUCGUCGCCGAUUGCUUUCCAAACCAAGGACAUUCCCAUCUCUGAUUUCACGGACAUUGAUGAAACCAAUGCUGACGACUUUGCCAUGGAAAUGGGUCUUGCUUGCGUGGUUUGUCGACAAAUGACUGUCACUUCUGGCAAUCAACUAGUGGAGUGUCAAGAAUGUCAUAAUCUGUAUCAUCAGGAGUGCCACAAACCUCAGGUUACUGACAAGGAUGUCAAUGACCCACGGCUAGUGUGGUACUGUGCUCGGUGCACCAGGCAAAUGAAACGAAUGGCCCAAAAGACCCAGAAACCUCCACAGAAACCAGCUCCUGCUUUGGCAACAGCCGCACCUAUGUUAAAAGAUCCGCUAGUGAAGAAAGCUGAACUAAAGCCCAAACCGGAAACAGCAGGUUCAUUCCAGGCCUUUAAGAGAACGGAGGUGAAGGCGUCUGUGGCAUCAGGAAACUCUUCCAGCAGUAGCUCCACUUUGCCCCCAGGCCUCACAGGAUGGGCUGCAUUUACCAAGACCACAAAUGUAGGACCUACCAAUACCAAGUUGAGCACCAGUCAGCCAGGUAGCAGUAAAUCAACCCCACCUCCCUCGGGCUCCAAACCUGUGGGACUCUCUGCACUGGCCAAUGUUAAGCCCAGUCUGGCUACUAAACCUUCAGGAAGCAGCAGUGGAAGUGGUAAUGGAAACAACGGCUCUAGCACAGUACCCAUGAAACCACCCCCUCCACUCACACUUGGCAAGCAAGUGUUGAGCCGCUCAACAAGUGGAGAUAGCGUUGGGAAAAUGACUGUGACUGGAUCACAGUCACCUGUGGCAGCACCCUCUAGCAGCCUGGGAGGCAACGGUGGGUCAGCAGGCAAUGGAGGGGGCAAUGGGGGCAACAGUGGUGGCAAUAGCAGCAGUAACAACAACAGCAACGGAUCAAAAGCCUUAGCUGAUGGCAAGACGCCCACUUCCCAGGAGUCUCAGCUCAAUGCUAUGAAACGGCUGCAGAUGGUGAAGAAGAAAGCAGCACAGAAGAAACUGAAGAAAUGAGGAAGAAGAAGCCAGAUUAUUAUGUUAAAGAGCAAGUCAUGUCCUGUUUUUCAAAUCAAAUAUACUUGAAUUUGAAUGUUACUGGUCUUUCAGAUAUGGUUUGGUUUGAAGAUGUGCCUCAUUCUUUCUAACCAGCCACUUUAGUGAAAACAAGCUGCUCAUUUCAAUGAUGUUUAAUAAAUAACACCUUUCUUCUUUUUGAAAAAAAAAAAAUGAUUGUUGUUAUUUCAAUGUUUUUUUAUG